UGUACCACAUUGAUAUUGUUAUAAAAGUUACGGUAUACGUCUCAGAGUACCGUAUUGAAAGUACCCUGAUCUUUUAUUACCACUAAGCAGCAUAUAAACGACUUACUUACCAUGGACAAUACCAAUUCUGAGAUUCUCCAUACGAUGAUGGAUUGUAGUCGACAUACAGAGCAGGCCAUCUUGAUUUACGUUAGAAGAACGACAGAGCAACAAAACUCUUGCCCUUACAAGUUUAUCAAAUGCCAAUCUUUGUUUUUGAACAACUUCUCGUCUUUGACUGAGUAUAAGGUGAACAAGUAUCUUGGUGAGAACAAAGAGAGUUGCUCAUUUGAGCCUGGUGAAUUUAUUGAUACAAAGAAGACACUUUAAUGUUCAGUAUUUCUAUUCAUAUGAGCCAUUGAUGAAAGACGUGCUCAUCUGAACAGUAAAUGGAAAUGUUUCUCAUAUCAUCUGCCUAUCUAUAUAACGGACCACGACUCCAUGAUAUACCAAAUUCCGUUAAUUUCGACUUACAGAUGAUCAUGAUGUCUCACAGCCACAAGCUCUCAAGCCUAAAAUUCAACACGCUCAAGGUCUCUCUCUGCGACAAGUUUCGCUCACUGUUCGGAGACAAGAAUGUGACCUUUGGUCCUGAUCUCCCAGACUCUUACCCCCUCUGCAUCACUCAUGAUCUUGUCAGGUCUGCUAUGAACGUCAUCGCCGACAGGAAUAUUCCAUGGCCUAUUGAUCCCGAAUACCGUGUUGAGAUGGUCAUGGUCAAGGUUCCACUCAACUUCUGUCCCCAAAAAAUGAUUAAGGCAAUGCCUCUUGAUCGCACUGGAAGAUAUUCCUAUGCUGCUGCUAUUGCUAAGGCAAGGUUCCGACGAACCCCAGAGCACCCUGGUGGUGAGCUCGUUGCGCUCGCCAUGGCGGACUGGAAUGAGAUGGCUGUGGGCUUCAGCCUAGAGCCUAGAGAGCAUGUCUCUGUUGUCCCCCUAAUUGAUCGUACACAUAAGAAUGAGGGAACUAAUUAG